CUUUGGAGUAGACCGACUAUAUGCAGACCCACUUCUGUUUUGUUCCGUUCUAGAGAAAAGUCUUUCGGAAAUGUUGUCAUCUCUUGUUCGUUUAACUUAGUCUGUGAUUGAAAUAUUGUAAUUAUAUAAUUGGAGGAAUAACAACCGCAAUGUCUAACAAUGAGGCUAUGGAAUGGAACAGCUGUGAUAAUGCAGUGCGCGAAAGGGAUUUGCCAUAUCGGGUCCCAGGACAUGAUUUAGGGAUAGCCAAGUUAAAGUUAGUAGUGGAGGGUUCUGUUUUUACAGAAGAGAGAGAUUUCCUGGUCAAGAGCUGCGAGUAUUUCCAAGCUCUCUACCGUUCAGGGAUGAAAGAAUGCCGGCAGGAGGAAAUCCACUUGAAGGGUUUGUGUGCUCGAGGAUUCUUGAUCGCACUGGUGGUUUUACGAGGCAAGAGACCUAUCCUGGAUGCUGACGAAAUCGUGGAGGCCAUAGAAUGCGCUGCCUUCCUGCAGGUAGAGCUUCUUGCCAAACAUCUCACGGACCUGAUCGACUCUGAUAACUGUUUGCUAAUGUAUCACACCGCAGCAACCUUUGGCCUAAUGACCCUCUACCAUGCUGCUGCACUGUUUAUCCGGAACAUGUACCAUGACUUAGAGGUCGAAGUCAGGAAAAGCUUACCGACAGAACUUGUUCGGUAUGUAGAGUCACUGGUUCCUAGCGCAUUUGUAGCAGUUGGAGCCCACUCGACUUGUGGUGUGGAUGAAACCAUCCACGCUGGCAACAGGACUUUGUGCUACCUGGACGAUGAGGGGAAAAACUGGAAGGUCCUCACAGACCUACCCCUAGAGGCCAGUACCUCUAUGGCCGGACUGACCGUUUUGGACAACAAGCUGUAUGUCGUGGGAGGGAUACAGGUGCAGGGUGCCCGCAAGUACGCUGUGGACACCUGCUUCUGCUACAGCGUGGAGGUUGACCAGUGGACCAUGAUAGCCAGUCCAAAACAGUUGCGGUACAACUUCUCUCUCGUGGGACUGGAUGGAUGUCUUUAUGCCAUUGGGGGCGAGUACGAGCGAACAAUCAUGUCAUCAGUGGAAACUUAUGAAGUUGCGACUGGAAGGUGGUCAUUUGUGGCACAUUUGCCUCGACCAGUCACCGGAGCAGCGUGCACCAAGGGCAUGGGCCGGAUAUUUGUGUGCUUGUGGAAGCCCAUGGAGACCACCGAAAUCUAUGAAUACCUGCCCAGGACAGACCAGUGGUUGCUUGUCAGCACUUUGAUAAGGCAUCAGAGCUACGGCCAUGCCAUGGUGGCUCACCGGGAUAACCUGUAUGUCAUGCGUAACGGGCCACAAGAUGACUUCCUGAGAUGCAUGAUGGACUGCUACAACCUCACCACAGGCCAGUGGACAGCCUUGCCAGGGCACUUUGCCAAUAGCAAAGGCUCCCUGUUCACAGCCGUGGUGAGAGGCGACUCGGCUUACACGCUGAACCGAACCAUGACUUUGGAGUACGCUAUUGAGGGGAAAACGUGGAAGCCCAGGAACCAGAUGAAGGGUUUCCCAAGAAGUGGCUCCUUGUGGACAUUUUUUCUUAGGAUUCCCAAGGGACGCAGAGGGUCCAUAUUGAAUGGCAUCCCAGAUGGAUAUGGACAAUGUUGAGAGAAAAGAUUCCCCUGAUCAGAUCUGACAUUCCCUUGAGAAGAUGAGGUAGAUGGGAUCUUAUAUGCGAUAAUUAAAUGCCACCUGAGCAAACCGGCAAAGGGAUGGAUAUAGUCUCAGAGUAUGACUUUGAAAAACCAAACUAAACAUUGCCUCAAUGAAAAGACCUACAACUGAGAUAGAUUCAGAUAUAUUUGGACUUUCAUGUGGAUUUGUGUGACCGUUUCUUGAAAGUGUGAAUAAUAAUAAUAAUAUGGUGGCUGCUAAUUUUUGUCCUACUUCACACAUGUACAAGUGUGUUUUAUAUGCAUGUGUUAGUUGGAAAUGUGUUUUCUUUCAUAUCCCAAAUCCCCCUGAGACACCCUCGGAGAGUGGGGCCAGGGUCAGCCAUUAUCAAGAGCAACCCUUGAGCAAUUAGGGUUAAGUGCCUUACUCAAGAGCACAUUGACAGAUUUUUCACCUAGUCGGCUUGGAGAUUAAAACUAGCAACCUUUCGGUUACUGGUCCAAAGCUCUAACUGUUUGGCUACCUGCCGCCCUUGAGGCCCCGCAAAUCAUUGCCAGGUCUAAAAGAUCAAUACGUAUGUGUGUGUCAGACCUAUGUGACAGGUACAUUUGUUCCUCAGUUGAUGUGUUUCAUCACUGUGUGUUGAAUAUCCAGGAAUGCGAUAUAUGUCUCUUUGAAAUAAAAAAGGACACAGGU